CGUUUAGCAGGGGGGAGACUGGAAAUAUGCUAAAUGAACACAUAAAAAUCACUCAAGAACCGACCUACUAGAAACUCCAAGAACAGACAUAGUGUGAGUAUCACAGGUCAGGUGACAUAAAUGCUCACAUCACUUUCACUUUUAUUUUAUGGGACUAUUUGAGAGCGACUUGAUUAAGGGAGCUUAGGAAAGACUAGAUAUGGAGAUUUCCUUCCUGCACAGCUAGUGAGUUUUCUAUGCCUGCCCUGAAUGAAAGGUAAAAGGUCCUAGCUAAAGGCGUGCGGGAUCGGCGCUUUUACAUUCAUUUCACAUUCACUGCGACUUUGCUUGAUUUAGUCACACCCGCGACGGGAAUCUCUACCACAAAUUCAACUCCACCGCAGAGUCCCAAACCACUGUCUGUACUACAGUUUGUGGUCCUUGGCCACCGGCUACUUCCUGAUCGAAAGCAGCAAAUAUGGGCAAUGCAGCCAGUACGACCGGUCACGCGCCAGGCAAUGAGACCUCCGGGUCGGUGCCACUCGGUUUGGCCUCCUCCCUUCCAGACAACAGUAAGAGAUCGCAUCGCAACACUUACACUGUUCGUAGCACUGCUCUAGAUUAUACAAUGGACAACGAACACACCGCGUUAGAUACUGCCACCCAUAGCCCUGAGACAGGGCAGGGAGAGAACGACUUCCAAUCUUCACCAAAAAGCACAAACGCACAAGCUCUCGAUCCAGCAGACAUGCCUGACUCCGGUAGCUCGCAUAGAAUUACCAGUGGUAUCCAGUCCGUACAAGGACCCGAGCAUCAACACCCUCACAAGGUGGGUAGCAAAGACGCGCCGAAAGGCCCAGAGGGCGUAGCUGACAGCGAAGACGAAGAACAUGUACCAGGAGUGGAAAUUUCUGACAUUCGGAACCUCCAACUAGCAAUCGGUCGCGAACGCGUACCAUUUCUUCCGAAACUCUCCGAUUUGAAGCUUGAUGUGGUCACAGAGAAGGAGGAUUAUCUGCCAGUCGUUAUGCUAGUUGGCACAUACAUUUCGAGCAAUCCGCGUUCGAACCUCAACGGUCUGGAAGUCUGGGCAUUCCACACAAUUCAAGACGAAGAUAUAUUCCCAUACAUCGAGCCGCAUACUCCUCUAGAGCUCGUGGCUUUUAGUAAAGCUGGAGAACAUGUUCCAAACCUUGCAGGCACCAAACCAGACGACACGUGGUUUCAAGUCAAACAAUGCGUUCAGUUUCUACCGGAAUUCGGUCAUCUGCGCAGUUUGGCAGAGCUCUUGUGCCUAGUGCGAUACUGCUUGUUACUCGCCGCGGAUGAGCAGCUGUUUGGCUUCGACGGCUCCACGAUCCCGACAGACAUGAGUUUCACGAGGAAGUUGGUCGACAUUUGCAAUCGCAGGUGGGACGAGCAGCGCUUCAAGACGUAUGAAGAGACUGGUGUGAUGCCCGAGUUUCAUGAGAUACAGAAGAAUGUGCCAAAGGGCAAGAUUACGUCGCGAGAGGCGGUUGAGAUGUUCUCGGAGUCUGAUGAGUCGUCUGGUGAAGAUGAGAUUCCAGAUACCCGGCCGGAGGGAUAUGAAGGACACCUGAAGAGAAUGAAGAGCAUCUAAGUGUAAGCGGUAGAGACUGCACUUAGUAGAGCGAUGGCAGUGACUUUUGGAAACACAUGUCCGCUCACCCGAGUCUUCUUUUCUUCGUCAUAUGGCGCAAUCGUCUCUAAUGUGAGCGUUAAGAGCUGUCAGUAUCAAAGCUUGUCUAGAUGCAUAUAACGGAGAUAUACUAUGAAAAUCAAAAUGCGAGGAUACG